AAAGAAGAAAGAAGAAAAACCGAGAGAAUACAUAUAACGAAAAGUUUGCACUCUAACUCCACUUGUACGCCGACGCACUUUCAUCCAGCUAGAACGCAUCCGAUCGCGAUCAAACGAAUACAAAUCAAAUCGCGAUACGAACAGUUUUCUGGCGAGGAAAAGAUAAAGAAAACGAGCACAAUGAAGCAACAAGCGUUGGACGAUUUCCCUCUGUGGAUGAAAUUUCUUUCCGCAGGCACCGCAGCCUGUAUCGCUGAUCUGGCUACGUUUCCCUUGGACACCGCCAAAGUUAGGAUGCAGAUUGCCGGAGAAAGCCGUCCUCUACUUUUGGCGACAGCGGACGGCUCCAUGUUCGCGCUACGAAAUUCUCAGCCAGGAUUAUGGAGGACAGUAGGAAACAUCGUCAAACUCGAGGGAGUAAGGAGCCUGUACGGAGGUCUGUCCGCGGGACUCCAGAGACAGAUGUGUUUCGCCAGCAUACGGUUGGGCCUCUACGACGGGGUGAAGUCACGCUACGCUGGAAUCAUCGACGGUAAUAACAGGAGCGGAUCGAAGAAUAUAUCUGUGCGAAUCGCCGCUGGGUUAACGACUGGUGCGUUGGCGGUGCUCCUUGCUCAGCCGACCGAUGUCGUCAAGGUUCGAUUGCAGGCUGGAAGUAAUGGACGAUCAUCGGUGAGAUACAGCUCGACCUUGCAGGCCUACAAGAACAUCGCCACGGAAGAAGGGACGAGGGGUCUUUGGAAAGGAACCGUCCCCAACAUUACGAGAAACGGAAUCGUAAACGUCGCGGAGAUCGUUUGUUACGACAUCAUCAAGGACUUCCUCCUCGAGCACAACUAUGUUCGCGAUGGUAUCCCUUGCCAUUUGACAGCUGCGGUGACAGCUGGUCUGUGCACCACGCUCGUUGCCAGCCCAAUCGACGUAGUGAAGACGCGUUACAUGAAUAGCGCCCCAGGCGAGUACAAAGGGGUGAAGGAUUGCGCCGUUCGUAUGUUCAUGAAGGAGGGAUCGGCCGCAUUCUACAAGGGGUUCGCGCCUAGCUUUUCACGUCUGGUAUCCUGGAACAUCGUUCUGUGGCUCACUUACGAGCAAUUCAAGAUCUAUGCGAAUAAGAUGAAUCAAUGAACACACGUUGAAUCCUAAGCGAUUCACUGAGCAUACAUUAUACAACCGUGCUUUAAUCACAUCGCAGCUUCAUUAAUCUCUCUCUGUAUCUCGAUCGUGUGUAACUUAGGGAUGGGAGAAUCUAUUAUAUCACGUGCAAGUUAGGCUUGGACUUGCCUACCGUCGUUACCUCUUCUUUUACUAGAGAUUGAAAAUACGUUCUCGAAUUAGACAUUCAAAAUUAUGCAAAUAAGUAUAAGACGCGCGUAUAUAAAAUAUUUCUCUUCAAAGUGUUUAUGAAACGUUUAUGUCUCUAUGAAAAUCAGUAGUGAGUUGAACGAUGAUUUUCAUGUCAGGGUAAAACAAUAGACUUAUUUUAAAUUUUGCUUUCUCUUGAUCAAAGGAUUGCAAUAAAUCGAACAUAGUUUGCUUGAUCUUAAAAGUGCAUAUAACUUCGAUGCGAACGACGGUAGUCAAUUCUCCCAUCUGCAUAUUCGUUGUAUGUUAAUCUUUCUUUAGAAACGGCCGCACAUGCACUGAAAAUAAAUUCAAAUUAUAAGUCAAGUAUUUUGGAAUUCGGUUUCGUAAACCUACGGAAAAAUGUCGUUCAUUCAAAACUGAACUGAAAGACAUUUACUUGUAAUUCGUAUUAAGAAAAUUGAAGAAAACUUUAACUAAAUUCAGAAUGCUCGUGCGACCUUAGGAGUUUCUAAAAUAAUUCAUAAGAAAGGGUUUUCGGCUGCUAUUUAGACAACUUUAGAAACAUGUAGAAUAAUAAAAGGAAAAAAGGUUUCUCUCACUGUAAGAAUCUAAGUAUAACAUGCGCAUUACGAUACGCCAGUCAGACAAUAAGGUUCCGGAAUUAAUUAUUAUCAAUUUUUGACAUAGUGUACAGCACGUGACACUGCGUUCGAAUGAUUUCUGUUUUUAGACUUUGAAUUAAAUUCUCCGAUGGUGCUGUAGUCAAGAGUUAAACGAAGAUCCUUUGCUACAUAAAUACGUAUAACUUAUUACACCCUCUUUAUUCUAACCAUUACGUUAACGCGGGAUAAUUUAUCGCAGUCGUCCCUAGAUUAUUUAACAAAGAGAAAAGACAUAAAAAUCUCGUUUCGGGUCAAUUAAAUGUACAGGGCACAAUUUUUGUCGAACUUCGACCGAAGAAUUUGUAGUCUCUUAUUUAAAACUAUGUUACUAUCUAUUCAUGUACACUUCGCAUUAAAGAGCUAUUCCUAUCUCAUCAAUUUCA